UUCCCAUUUCCCUUUCCUCCGAGUCCUCCUGGAAUUUUUAAUGUAAUGGAAAUUAAAAUUAGUGAAAAAUUUAAAAUUGAUUUUCCCUUAAAAGAAGGGACAUAACUAAUGGUGUUAAUCGAACCUAAAGUUGUCUGUUUAUAGUUCCUGAAAAAAUGUAUUCGGGUGGCGAAUCUACAGAUUCACAGAAAUGCACUCAAUGGGCGAUGAAUCCGGCAGCCUACCAAAAUACAUCCAACGAUCUAGUAGAUUGGGCAGCUCUGGCUCAGCAAUGGAUUAUUAUGAAAGAAGCCGGGCCACCGCCGAUUCCUGGCCAACGUCAGCCAGAGAAAAUUCAAGAGGUCCCUGAUGAUAGCCAAGAGGGCGGCGAAGCCGAAAUGGAUAUGGACGAUAGAGAUGACGCGCCAAGCUGGAAUUCUCCAGAAAGGAGCGAGGCGCCACCAGCCCCAGGUGCUGAAGCUUGGACAAACUGGAAUCCACCCUCAACUGGACAAAAUUGGAACUGGAAUAAUAGCUGGAAUCCUCCCAGUGCUGUGCCUCCGCCACUUAUUGCACCUGUGAAAGCUCCUUUAUUACCCACACCGAAUAAUACUUAUUCACCUUCGGAUGGGGCUAGUGAUAAUGCUGUACCCUAUGGAGGCUACAACACAACCUCGCAAACUUCAAGCAAUAAUUUCACCAGUCAGCAGCAGCAGCCAGCGUUUUGGACAGGCAUGGCUGUAGGCAAAGUGACCCAAACCGAAAUAAAACCGCAUAAUAAACGAUAUAGCAAAGUGAAUGUGCCUACCAAAGUCACUAUAAUAACUCCUGCUGCUGCUGUUGGUACUUCUAAAGUGCUGCCUCCUUUAAUCCCAGAAGAACCUGUUGUACCAACACCCACGUUGGACGCCAAUAAAAGAAAACAGUUGCCUGCAUGGAUCAGAGAAGGCUUGGAAAAAAUGGAAAGAGACAAACUGAAGGAGUUGGAAAAGGAAAAAGAGAAACUAGUAAGGGAUGAGUAUACAGAAAAAAUGAAAUUGGAGGAACUAGAAAAAAUGGAGAUAUUAAAAACCACCAUGAAGGAAAAGAAUUUAUUGAGGAAAAGUAGAUUUGACAGUGAUAAUGAAAACUCUGAUGAUCAUGAGCCUGUGAGGAAAAAGCCAGUUUCACCAACACCUCCAGUGCCUCUUACUCCAGAGGAACUUAUGCUGAAAGUCCGUAAAACGAUGACAGAAAUCUUGUUAAAAGUGACCAAUCAAUUGAUUGAACAGACAUGCAAAGAGGAAAGGCAACGGUAUUUAAAAAAACGCAGAGCUUCCGAUCAGCUAGCAUCAGCACCCAGUGGUGCCAUCAUAAAAGCCAAACUUGGUCUGGGUGCAUAUGAUGAAGGAUCGUCCAGCAAUGAGGAUUCUGACAACGAUAACCAGGAUGAAGAUACUUCUGAUUCUGAUGCUGACCUGAGAGAAUCCAUCAAAAAACGCCAAGCAGCUUUUUCAAAAACAGAACAACAAAUUGAAAAUCGUUUAGCCGAAGCUGAAAGAAAGAAAGAUGGUAGCAGAAGUCCCAGUCGAAGUCGUUCUUCGAGCCGGGACUCACAUGAUAGCAAAUCACAGGUAGAGGCAAACGGGCAAGAAGUCAAUCGAGGAUAUUCUGACGAUGACAAAAGUCCAAAAAAGAAGCGCGCCAAGGAUGAUAAUUCUUCAAGCAGCUCAUCAAAGUCAAGACACAUUUCGUCUUCACAUUCUGAUUCGCGUAGCAAAAGUCGUUCCAGAAGUGAAUCUCCACCACGCAGCCGUAAAAGACGACAAUCUAGAUCUAUAAGCUCCAGAAGGGAUAGAUCAGCAAGUUAUAAUAGAAGAGAAAGCAUUGACUCCAAGAAAAGGAGCAGACGGUCUAGGUCAGAUUCCAGAUACUCGAAACGCUCACGCCGUUCUCGUUCUCCUUCCUACUCUUCUCGAAAAUCCUCAAAACGUUCUCGCUACUCAUCGCGCAGAUCUAGAAGCCGAAGUCGCUCACGUGAUCGCAAAUACCCCUCAAAAAAGUACGAAUCGAGUAGUAAAAGAUCAAGGAGAUCUAGAUCAUAUGACAGAUCAAAAAGACGUUCAGUUUCAAGCACGAGAUCACACAAUAAAUCAAGAUCAAAACGUUCCAGCUCUAGGAGACGCAGAUCUUCGAGGUCGUCCAGCAGGGGUAAGAGAUCUCGCAGGAGAUAAACCGAUAUGGAACAAAAAAAUGGAAGAUUGGGAGACCUGCAGGUUGUACUUUUUAAUUUACAGGGUGUCCCAAGCUAGAAGUACCUAUUCAUUAAGAAAUUGACUCUUCAAGAUUUUUGAGUGGGUGCUUCUUAUGUGAUAUUCACAGCGGAUACUGUUAUGCCUUACAUUUGUUCCUUAACUAAUUUAAUUAUUUCUUUCGCAGGAUGAAUGAAAAAUAUAGCAGAUGACAACCUUGUAGUGUAAUUUUAAGUUUGUACAUAGCUCACCCUAUAACGGUAUAUUAACUAAUUUUUAAUAUUUUCGACUAAUUCGGUAUAUUAGUCUUCCAAGUUUGUUGCAAUCAUCGUUUUUUCUUCAAGUGAUGCAUUCUGAAGUUUGUGUAUUACUUAAGCUUAGGAGUUUUUCUAGUGUGAAAACUAUGUAAAAAAUA